CUUUUCUUGCAACGCGUGUGGUGUUCAGUCAAGUGCUCCGCGAAAUACCUAAUAAAUUUAAGUUAUUGUGUCCAUUAUCAUCAUCACCACCACAUUUCGCAUCGCACAGCCCACUGUCAGCAAAAAUUGCAGAAAAAAUAUUUACAUUCAUUCAGUCAAUACCCAGAGCGUCAAAAAUUUAGAAAAACCAGAUAGAUAAAGAAAUUUACAGGUUACGAUUUCGCGUAAAAGAAGCCGAGCGCGCCAGUUUUUGUUUUAUUUUUUAAAUCAAUAAUUAUAACCAUCCCAUUCUGAUUGGAUAGAUCGGGCCCGGCGUCUUCAUUUUUGCGGAAAACCAGUAAAUAAUAAUUUGUUGUAUGAGUCAGAAAGCCGAAAGACCAGUACUAUCAGGUCAACGCAUCAAGACCAGGAAAAGGGAUGAAAGAGAGAAGAAUGACCCCACGGGAUUCCGUGACGCGGUCAUUGCAGGUCUCGAUGCAGCUGAAGAUCUAGAGCAAAUUUACAAGUACCUUGAUAGCGCUGGUAAUAAACUCGAUUAUCGUCGCUACGGUGAAGUAUUAUUCGAUAUCUUAAUAGCUGGUGGAUUACUUGUUCCUGGAGGAUCUAUCUCGCAAGAUGGCGAGAAACCAAGAACCGAUCGCUGUAUAUUCGCAGCAUCGGAAGACAUGGAAUCGAUGCGGAACCAUGAGCAGAUCUUCAUUAGGCUUAUGCGUCGAUACAAGUAUCUCGAGAAAAUGUUUGAAGAGGAAAUGAAGAAAAUUCUUAUCUUCAUCAAGGGAUUCACUCCACUCGAAAGGAUCAAGCUUGCGCGUAUGACGGCUUUGUGGAUGGCUAAUGGAUCCAUUCCACCACAAGUGCUGAACGUAUUGAAUAAUGAACACCUAACGAAGGACGGGUUGGCGCUGGAGUUUUUGCUAGAAGUGUUUAUCACUUUUAAGCAGGAAAAGGGUGGCAAUGCGCCGUUGGUGGCAGCUCUGCGUAAGAGCGGUCUCGAUAACCGCCUCAUGGACUUUUUGCCCAUGAACAAGCGCAGUGAGGAUUACCUCAAGACGGUGCUCGUCGAGAAGGAUCUGGCCGACAUCUUCAAGCUCCACAAGGCUCAAGCUAGCCAGGAGGCAAAACGAGAACUGACGCAGUUGCUCAUCGAUGAUAUUAACGAUAACAAGACAAUUAAGGAUAUUAUCGCCGACACGAAGGAUAUGUCGACGAAAUCAAACAUUCCCGAGCAUGAAGUUAUUGGUCUCAUUUGGUCCACCGUAAUGUCGCUAGCCGAAUGGAACAAAAAGGAGGAAUUAGUCGCGGAGCAAGCACUGAAGCACUUGCGCACGUAUACGCAGCUGUUCGAGGCGUUCACCACAUCCGACCGAUCUGAAAUGGCGCUGCUGUUGAAGGUGCAAGAGUUCUGCUACGAGAACAUGAAUUUCAUGAAGGCUUUCUCGAAGAUUGUAUUGCUCUUCUACAAAACCGAAAUUGUCACGGAAGAUUCUAUUCUGAAGUGGUACAAAGAGGGUCAUUCGAACAAGGGCAAAAUGCACUUCUUGGAGCAGAUGAAGAAAUUUAUUGAAUGGCUGCAAAACGCAGAAGAAGAAAGCGAAUCUGAGGAGGACUAAAUCAGCUGUGCAACUUUGCAGCGGGUGAUUGAUUGGAUGGAUGGCUGUGGCGCUUUUCUUACCUCAAAAAAUGCGACCCCAUCAUCCACCAUCCGCCAACAUACGUUCUCUCCCUCGACGAUGUGUAUUUAUUCUACCCCGACGCGUUCCAGCACAACAUCUUUCUAUUUUAAUUUGUUUUUUUACGUUUUUUCUGGAAUAGAGUAACACAAUUCAGAUGGCAAGUUUGAAUGAAAAUGGGUUGUUUUAGCCGGUUUUCGUUAAUACUUUAUCCUCAUGUUUACCGUGGUCGAGCAACUGCCAUCGUAAUUCUUUCGACCCUAGCCAGAUAAUAGCGGCCAAUUUUAUGACGCGAAGCUCUCAUCACUUAAGUGCGGGACGUACUAUAUUGAAUGUCAUUUUCCACUUCUAAAAAGGAUUCGCUUAAUCCUGUUCUACGGAACAUCCAAACCACACGCAUACACCAUCCACUAUAGAGAAACUUGGAACCGUUUGGAAACAGAAAAUAGACUUCAUCGUUAUAAUGUGGUGAAUCGAAGGAAAAAAGUCGCCCGCCAGUUUAAAAGAGAUAACCGAAGUUGAGGACGUUUUUUAACGUAAUUUGACCGCACAGGGAGUUUUAAAUUAUUAUUUUGUCAUGGUUUUAUUUCUUUUGGAAACAUCAACGAAGAGUAAAACAUUGUGAGCAUCCCUUGGAAAAGAGCUGGUGUCGGACGGCUUGGACACAUUUGUAACGCGAAACACGGGCGUAAAACAGUUCGUAAAAUAUAAACACAUAAACAUACUACAAAAUCUUUUCUGAGCGUUUCUCUUCUUUUUACCAUGGUUUGUUUUCUUUUUUUAUGUUUUUUUUACAUUAUGUUCCUAUUUAAUUGUUUGGAAGGAGACCAUGAAUCGUGAAGAUGUUUGACUAUUCAGCAUAAAAGCGCAAAUUUUGACGAUGUGAAUUAAAAAUGAAUAGUUUUUGUUGACGGCACCAAUGGAGACAGCCUUAGAAUAGAGCGAACAAUUUCCUUUAUAUUAGGUUUUAUAAAUGCCAUAGGAAGGUAACACGCACAUUUUAAGCUGCUUCUCUCUCGGCAAGCUAACGUGAAGAUCAAAGCGCUUGGGAGAUUCGCAAUGCCCCAUCGUGUAAGGUCUACUAGGUUUCAUUACGGAACGUCACGGAUGAACCCAUGGAGAGGAUCUGUAGUAACAAUCGAUAAAAAACCUCAAAAAUAGCCCAUUCAAAAUCUGAAAUAAUGGAUUUUUGGUAGACGAGAUAUUGCACACACGUUCUGUGCAACCAAAGCUAAUACAAAACAUCGACCACUUAUUCUCCGGAGUCUUCCAACACCGUGCUUAAAAAUCGACGUGCAGCCGCUGUAGCCAAAAACGGUCCGGUAUCGAUCGAUAAAAAAAGGGAAGUUACGGAGAGAAUCAAGCAAGCAAGAAACCGGCAAAAAACCAACGAAAGGAUGAUUUAAAUAAACUCUCGACGAGCGAUGGAUGCGUUGUGAAG